AUGGCAGUGUUUAAAAAGCUCAAAAAGAGCAAGGAUAAAGGGGUGCCGUUGCCGGAACCAGAGCCAGUUAAACAGCUUGACAAACGAGUAGGAAUGGAUACAUAUAGGGACUUUUUCACGUUAAAAAAUUACUGGAAAGCAAUCGACCGGAAACGGCAGGAUUCAGCUCAGUUGCUCUUUAGCAGGUACUUGAAUCAAAACCCUGAAAACGCGAAACUUUAUCCAAAGCUGAAGAAUAUCGAUGGGGCCACCGUCGAUAUGACAUGCAGCGAUUCCGGUUUUGAAAAUAUGUCUGCUUUGUAUCUAAAGGUGUUUGACGAAAUCAUAAGCAGCAUCGAGGAGAAGCCUGGAGACGUUCAACAUGCUUGUGAUCGAUUAAAAUCAGUUGGAAAAAUGCACAAGACGAAGGUAAACGAAAAGUUUUUU